AUGUCACUAUGGGGAGGAUUUGCAAACCCAACCAACUACAACGACAGCGGACUCGAGAAGCGCCUCGAGCUCGACUUCGACACCUCUGUGGAUGUGCAAACAUUCAAGGUGGCUGAGCUGGAGGAUGUGCUAGCUGCUGCUGGGCAGGAACUGCAGCACCACUCGCCUGCGAAGGACCUGCUGUCGCUGGAGAUGACGCAAAGCAUUCUUAUUGUGAUGAAGCAGAAGCUUGUGGUGACGUCCGCGUCGGAGGUGAUGCUGCACCAGUUGAUUACCCCAAUUAUCGCUUUCCUCAAGUCAAAAGGCGUGCGUGUGGAGUGGGCCUCAUACCUGCGCAAGAACACCACCUCACCGUGGUGCACCGAUAGCGAGACGAGCGACAUCAUGGCUCAGGAGUACGCAGAGCUCAAGGCCGCCUUUCCGACCGGCAAGUCCUUUCUAACCGGUCCUGUGGAUGGUCAUCACUACUUCAACUUUGUGUACGACGGCGUUAACAGGGUGGCGGAGCGUAAGGAGGAGGAUGUGCAGGUGAACAUGUUCCUCUACGACGUCGCAGAAGGGCUGGAUGAGGUAGACAAGACAACACAGCGCUUCCUCGCCCUGCCGAAUGGCGAGUACGAGGUGACGCGCACUUUCGCUGGUGUGCCGUGCGUCUCCUUCGAGACGAAUGCAAAGGCUGCAGUAACGACCCCGAAGCGCGUGCAGGAGCUCGUCGACACCUUCCGCCCAGCCUACUUCACGAUUGCUGCCCUGCAAGACAAGGAUGCCGACGGGCCAGCGCUGCGCCGAAACUUCCAUGCCUUCCACGCCUACACGUUGCAGAACCGCACGGUGAACUUCUUUGGUGAGGGCUACGCGUUCCACCAGCUCUUGUUUGCCCGCAGCACUGAGUAG